AACCGAGGCUAGUUUCUGACGGUCACGAAGGGGCAAGGUCGCUCCAUUUAAGCCAUGUUUCGCUCGGUCUCUCUGGUCCGCGAGGUCGCCAAACGAUGCACACACAGGAGAGCUUUCACAAAUUUAUCGAGAUGCAGUGGCAACUUAAAAACAUCUAUAGAUAGUUGCAAAAUAUGCCAGUGCAGUGGUGUUCAGAAACCAGGGGUAGCCAUCAACACAUGGGGUCUGCAAUACAGAUUUUACUCUUCAGCCCUGCCCAACCACAUCAAGGUCACACUGCCGUCUCUUUCCCCUACCAUGGAGAUGGGAACAAUCAUCAACUGGCAGAAGAAUGAGGGAGACAAGGUAUCAGAAGGUGACCUGCUUGCUGAGAUAGAGACAGACAAGGCCACCAUGGGGUUUGAAGCAUCAGAGGCAGGGUACCUGGCCAAGAUCUUCCUGCCAGAGGGCAGCAAGGAUGUGCCUAUAGGCAAGCUGCUGUGUAUAAUCGUGGAGAAAGAGGCGGAUGUGGCAGCCUUCAAAAACUACGUUGCUUCUCCAGCCGACGACUCUCCAGUGCGUGGGAUACCAGGCACGAAGGCCGAGCCCCCUCCCACUCCCACUCCACCCCCGGCACCAGUCGCAGCAGCCCCUCCUCCUCGACCUGUGACCCCAGUUACAGUGGCAGCCCCUCCCCCUCACCAGCCGGCCCCUGGGGGUAGAGUUGUGGCCACACCCUACGCCAGAACCCUGGCCGCCGAGCAAGGCGUUGACCUCAAUCUGGUGACAGGUACAGGACCAGAUGGGCAGAUUCGUGCUGAAGACGUGUUGGCGUUCAAACCAGCAGCAGCAACAACAACAACAGCAGCAGCUCCCACUACACCCGCAGCUCCAGGUGCAUUUGUGGACAUUCCUCUCAGCAAUAUGAGGAAGACAAUAGCCAAGAGACUUACUGAGUCCAAGCAGACGAUACCUCACUAUUACCUUACGAUAGAUGUGAAACUAGACAGAACAUUAGCAUUAAGGAAAGAGUUGAAUGCUCUGUUGGAGGGAGAGAAGAAGAAGCUGUCAGUGAAUGAUUUCAUCAUCAAGGCAUCUGCCCUGGCGUGUAGACAAGUGCCUGAAGCAAACAGCUCAUGGCAGGGGACCUUUGUAAGACAGUACAAUACAGUAGAUGUCAAUGUUGCUGUAGCUACAGAUGCCGGACUCAUAACUCCAAUAGUUGCACGCGCUGACUUAAAGGGCCUUACUCAGAUCAGUGAAGACGUAGGAAACCUAGCUGCCAAGGCAAAGGCUGGUAAAUUGCAGCCACAUGAGUUUCAGGGUGGAACUUUCACGAUCUCCAAUCUGGGCAUGUUUGGCAUCAAGAGUUUCUCCGCAGUUAUCAACCCGCCCCAGGCAUGCAUCCUGGCAGUAGGAGGGGCCGAGAAACGCCUUGUGGUGGAUGAACACUCUAAUACAGGGUACUCCCAGGCCACAGUAAUGAGUGUGACCCUGAGUUGUGACCACAGGGUGGUGGAUGGCGCAGUGGGAGCGCGCUGGCUGGCUGAGUUCCGAAAAUACCUGGAAAACCCUUCCACCAUGCUCUUGUGAGGAACACAAUCUCAACUAUAACCAUGGAAAUAGUAGUAUUUAAGAUGAAAGACUGCAGUCAUAAUUGGAAAGAAUGGCUUUGUUGUAUAAGAAUGGUUUAUUGGCUUUCAAUGAUAGAAUUUAAAUGAUGUCUUGAAAUUUGCUAAGGGUUUAACUAUUUUGUAUUAUGACAAACUAUUACAUAUAAGUAUGCCUAUAAGUAUAUGUACGAUCGUAUGUUACUUUUGGAGACAAUACUCUUUACAAAAAAUAUAUUGUACUUCUUUGAGGGACAAUGUUUUAGUGAUAUUUGUUAGAUUAUAUAACACAUUAAAUUUAAAAAAAUCAAUUGUAUCCGCUUUAUAUUUUCUCCUCAAUUAUCAGCCUUAGAAUUUUUGUUUCUCCUCGAUUAUUAACGUUAACCCUUUCAGUGCGGGAACCGAAUUUUGAAGGCCUUUGCAAACAGUUUGGAUCCAGAUGAGACGCCACAGAACGUGGCGUCUCAUCAGGAUCCAAACUGUUUGCUAUCCUGAUAGUAUUCUUUGAAAAAAAUCGAAGAAAAUGCUAAUUUUAGAAAUUCAGCAGAAGACAAAUUUCCCAGCAUGCAAAGGGUUAACAUUUCUGACAAAAGCACAGUCUUGAUCUUUAUUUACAUUGUAGGGUAAUAGAGGAUAUUUGUUCAUGUCAGUGGAACAUCGUUUGUUAUUUCAAGAGUGAUCAUAGAAAAUAUAUUUUCGCCACUCGUGAAAAUAUUAUUUUUCUAUGAUCACGAAAAUAUAUAAAAAAACGUUGAUCGUUUUGAUACGGCAGGCAUUACAGUACAAAAGGAUGUACUCCAGGAAUAUUUUAUUAGCAACAAUUAAAUGUAUGUAUCAUUAUUAUAGUGUUUCUGUUACUUAUGAUAGAUCUUGUGUGUCUUACAAGCAUGAAAGUGCUAGAUGGGUGUUUUCUGGUAUAAUGUUAUGUUUUAGGAAUGCUAUUUAAUGAUUACACCUUUGAAUAAACGGAAACGGGCUU